AUGUCUCAGAGAAAGUUAUUACAAGAGAUUGACAAAGUCUUCAAGAAAGUGAAAGAAGGUCUUGAGAUAUUUGAUGGCUACUAUGAUAAACUACAAAAUUGUGAAAGUCAAUCUCAAAAGGAGAAAAUUGAAGGUGAUUUGAAGAGAGAAAUCAAGAAACUACAAAGACAAAGAGAUCAAAUAAAGAAUUGGUUAAGUGGCAAUGAAGUUAAAGACAAGAAGAACUUACUGGAGAAUAGAAGAUUGAUUGAAAACGCAAUGGAGAGAUUUAAGACCGUGGAGAAGGAUAUGAAGACAAAAGCUUUCUCGAAAGAAGGAUUAAGUAUGCAAAGAAUUGAUCCAAAGCAAAAAGAGAAGAACGAGUCAUCUGACUUUUUACAUCAAAUGUUGGAGGAACUAGAAAGACAAUGUGAGAAACAUGAAGCUACAAUUGAUCAAAUUCAAAGUUCUGGGAAAAAGGGUAAAAAACUGGAUGGUGCUAAACAACAAGAAAUUGAAGAGUUGACAAAGAAAAUCUCUAGAAAUCAUUGGCAUCAAGAGAAAAUGGAACAAAUGUUGAGACUAUUGGCUAAUGAUGAUAUUGAAUGUGAACAAGUUAAUGGGUUACAAGAAGAUAUCAAGUAUUAUGUUGAAUCCAAUGAGGAUGCUGAUUUUGCAGAAGAUGAAGGAAUUUACGAUGAAUUAGGAUUAGAAGAUAUUGAAGACAUGUAUGGCCAUGUUGGUGACUAUCCUCAAGCUGCUCCAGAAGAUGAAAUAGAACAGGAAGCUCCUAUAGUGGACCCAUCACCUCAGAAAAAACCUUCAGUCAGUUCACAUCCAUCAGCUACAAAUGUUGCUGCUAGUGCAUCUUCAACUUCUGUCAACACAAUCUCAAAGCUUCCACCACCGGGUUUACCUCAACCAUCAACAACUUCAAGUACAACAAAUUUGAAACCUUCAGUUACACCUUUAAAGACAGAUUUGAAGUAUUCGUCAGUAUUAUCAGCUGGUGUCCAAUCAAAUAACAAUACACCAAUAGCCACACAAGCACCAUCAAUCAGCACACCACCUAUAUCUAAUGCAGCAUUGAAUAAUAAUACUAAUAAUAACAACUUUAAUCAUAAUAACAUUUCAUCAACUGCUGCAUCUUCACCACAGGUUGCACCACCAGGAUUAACCAAAACAUCAAGUAUCACUACUGAUCAAAGUAGAGAGACAACACAAUCACCAGUUUUGAUUCCAAGUGGGUUCCAAGAUUUGAUACCAUCAUUUGAGAAAUCCAAACAAAACAUUUCAAAGCCUCCACCGCUUGAUGAGAUUUCAAAAAUUUUAGAAACUUCACUAUUGAACUGCCCAGACUCUUUAGAUGCUGAUAAACCAAAGACUUACUCACCAUUAAAUCCACAUCCUACAUCAGUUUAUUAUCCUCAAGAACCGCUUCCUGAAUUGAGCUAUUCUUCAAUAGUAUCGAAAUUGGAUCUAAGUACUUUGUUUUAUAAUUUUUAUUAUGAACAAAAUCAAUAUAUUCAAAUUUUAAGUGCAAGAGAAUUGGUAAAGAAAGGAUGGGCAUUUGAUAAAUUAUCAAAACAUUGGUUUCAAGAAGUUGAAGAAAUCCAGCCUCCAAAUAUUGUUAAUGAUCAAAUCAUACAUUCUGAAAAGAAAAUUGCUUGGAAAUAUUUUGAUAAUGAUGGUGUUUGGUUACCUCGUCGUAAAGAGGAUGUAUUUAAUCCAGAGCAGGUACAACUUGAAACAAAUUUCUAG